CCACCGCCGCGCAGCUCAGGCCGCCGCGCGGAGACACCGGGCCCGGCUCCGGAGGGCGCCAGCGCGGCCCCGGGGCGCACGAGGAGCCGGCGAGCGCGCGGCCUGCCGUUGGCGGCCUGGUCCGCCGCGCCCGGCCGCCCGCCCACCCACCCACCCACCCAGGUGGGGUUCAAGCCCCCGGGAAGAUGGUGUCCUGGAUGAUCUCCAGAGCCGUAGUGUUGGUGUUUGGAAUGCUUUAUCCUGCCUAUUAUUCCUACAAAGCUGUGAAAACAAAAAACGUGAAGGAAUAUGUUCGAUGGAUGAUGUACUGGAUUGUUUUUGCUCUCUAUACUGUGAUUGAAACAAUAACAGAUCAAACAGUUGCUUGGUUUCCCCUGUACUAUGAGAUUAAGAUUGCUUUUGUCAUAUGGCUGCUCUCUCCCUAUACCAAAGGAGCAAGUUUAAUAUAUAGAAAAUUUCUUCAUCCACUUCUUUCUUCAAAGGAAAGGGAAAUUGAUGAUUAUAUUGUGCAAGCAAAGGAACGGGGCUAUGAGACCAUGGUGAACUUUGGGCGCCAAGGUUUAAACUUAGCCGCUACUGCUGCUGUCACUGCAGCAGUGAAGAGCCAAGGAGCAAUAACUGAACGUUUACGAAGUUUUAGUAUGCAUGAUCUAACUGCUAUCCAGGGUGAGGAGCCUGUGGAACAGAGACCGUACCAACCUUUACCUGGGAUAAAAAAGAAAAGUAAACCAACAUCCAGUGAAUCAGCAGGUUAUGGAAUUCCACUGAAAGAUGGAGAUGAGAAAACAGAUGAAGAAGGGGAAGGAAUGUAUUCAGAUGAUGAGAUGUUAACACACAAAGGGCUUCGAAGAACACAAAGCAUGAAAUCUGUGAAAACCAUCAAAGGCCGCAAAGAGGUGCGGUAUGGGUCACUCAAAUAUAAAGUAAAGAAGAGACCACAGGUGUAUUUUUAGUCAUGGACACUUCAAGUAGCCCAAGACAAAUUUUGCUAAUACAUCGACUUUUUUUCCAACAUUAUAUAUUCACAAUGUAUUCACAUUAAAUAAUUCUUUAAA